AUGUAUGGUCCAGAAGUAGCAGUAGCUACUGCUUUUCAUAACAAAACGAUAAAUACAACAUGUGGUAGGAGUAUAUCAGCUAUAUUCAUAUAUGAUCCAACUAGAGUAAAGAAUCUGGAAGCUUUAAAUUUAUCAGAUGAUACUAAACAAGAUAAUAAGAUUAUUUAUUAUUACCCAUCUUAUAAACCAAGUAACGAACGACGAAGUUACUUGGGUCUAAUAGAAGGUUUGGUAUCUAUAUCAAGCUUAUUAAUGAGUGGAGGAAAACCCUUAGACUAUAUAAAGACUAGAAAACAUGAAAUAGUUGUAAAAUCUAUAAAUAAUUCAAAUAUUUGGAUUUGUUUAAUUAUGAAAUUAUCUUAUAUCUUAAAAAUACAAGCUGGAAAGGUUGUGGGUAUAGAAUAUAUAGAGGAUGUAUCAAGUGAAGAUAAAGAUAAUAAUUCAAUAUCUAAUUUUAAAGGAGAUCAUUUAGAAUCUACUGAAUAUAAAGAUAAAUCAAAUAGAGAGUCGUUACUUUCUUUAUUAGAUUCAUUUAUUGAACUUUUUACUCUUUUACAUGGAAAUAUACAAGAUAUGGAAGAAACCCAACUUAUAGAUAUAUUAGAAGACUUUGUUCCAUCUUUUAUAGAUACAAUAGAUUUGAAUACAUUAUCAGUUUUUACAUUUUUAAGUGGUUUUUAUUAUGCUCCAGUUGAAAAAUUAACCCAAUUAUCUGUAAUAAAUCUUGUUGAGAAGGUGAGGACAACUUUUAAUAUUAUAGCUCACAUAUCAAUUUUUUACGAUGCUCAUAUGUUAUAUUCUACUUUACCUUUAAAUUCUAGUCGUAUUCUAUAUAAUUAUUUAGUAAUGAAUAAUGGUGUAGCUUAUAAUGACAAAUUAUACAACAGCCCAUAUGGAAGAUUCCCAACAGCUGCUGCACUUGAAAUAAGUGGUGGUUCAUCUUCUUUUGGUAGAUGUAAUUCUAUUAUAAAUAAUCAAGGAUUUUUAUUUGGACCUCUUGAAUUAGAAGAAAAUAGUAAUAAUCUUGUUUUUUGUCCUCAAAUAUAUUUACCAGAUUUUAUAAAAUCAUUUAAAUUAUGUACAUUUAUAUAUAAAGAUAUAAUGAUUGUUAUAGUUUUAGAUAAUGACUAUUUAUCUUUUAUUUAUUCAGAAAAAUAUGAGGGUACGAAUACUUCUUUUAAUAAUAUACAGGAGUGUUCUGAUAAACUUUUCCAAAUUAGAGAAUUUAUAAUUAAUACUGAUGGAGGUCUCAAACAUAUUUCAAAUAAUAUUAUUAAACAAUUUACUACUAUUAUGAAUGAACCUGAUAAAUAUCGAUUUUUUUACUUAAAUAAUAUAAAUAAUGCAAUUAGGAGGUCUAAUAAACUUUUAAAAUCAACCAAGACCUUAAUGUCUGCAACAGAAGGCGAAUGUGUAGAAAGAAUAUCAAAAUUAAUAGACAGUGAUUCUUUAAUAACAGAAGUUAUGUAUAAGCCAAGUAAUGGAGGCUGGAUAGUGUGUAAGAAAUCACUUGAUCGUAUAUUUCAUUUAUUUUCUGAAGAUAUUCAUGUAACAAUAACAAAAAUUAAGAGUAGGUUUACUUGUUAUAUUCUUAUUUAA